CCACCUUUUAUAAGCAGUAAACAUUGACAUCAUUCAGUGUUUCCACUCUCCACUGCCAGAGUAGAUCUUACUUGUUUUAGCCUCAGGCAUGUUUGUUGCAUUUGUUUGCACAGACAUUCAGCCAAGUGUACAUCUGUCAUCUCAAUGGAUGCCUGUUUACUGUACGUGUGGCCAUCUGAGCAGAAAAUCUAAUUUACAAAAAAUAUCACGAUCAAUAUUAGGCUGUCUAAUUGAUUUAGUAGCAGUUCGUAUCUCUCUAGUGCCCCACUGAUGAUGACCAAAGAGAAAUGUUCUAUGAUAGUUUUACAACCAAACCCCAAUCUGAGCUCAUCUGUUUCAGAUGAGAGGCAAUAAAACCUUCCUAAAGGAAACUUUUAAAAAAAAAACAUGGCUUGUGUUGUAAUCUUUGACUUUCUGACUGAGAGAGAAGUCUGAGUUUCCACAAGUGACGGUCUCUGUCUGGUCCUCUGUCCACUUUGCAGCUCAGCAGGAUUCUGCAUAAUGCUGCCUUUUUGAAAAUAAUGGGCUGUACAGUGGUGUUACUGCACUGUUUUUCUAUGGUGUGUGGAGUCCUUCUCUGCAGGGUCUUCAGAAGUCUGGAGUUAGGCAGAGAACAGAUAUCUUUGUGGGAUUUACACGUGUGUCAUAACACGCUUGUGCAGCUGUGAGCAAUGUUUGAAGGUUCUAUUCAGUAGCUAUCCAGGGAAUACUAAAAAUACAAAUGUCAUGCUCUUCUCACUGUUGCUCUAAGUCUAGUAGAGGAGGAAAAAAUUAACUCCAUCUUGAAGUUAAUUUAUGGGCAACAUUGGGAUUGGAAACAUGUGAAAACAGUCCACAGAUAUCUUAGAUUAGGUUUGGUAUCAAAGCAAAAGAUUUGAAUGGACCUAAAUAUGUCAUAAAGCUUUCAUUGUUUGCUUUAAGCUGUGAUUUCAAUGUGUUUGGACAAAGUUAGCUUGAUCUUUACAAGGAGACUAUAAAGGUCAAAUUGCUAAGGUGCUUUUUAAAGACAUCAACAUUUUGUAAUGAUGGUGGUUUGGUAUUUGACCACUCGUCUUGGCAGAAUUUAUUGAGAUCAAUUAAACUGGUUGGUUUCUUAACAUUGACACAGCUUUUAAGUAUAGUCUACAAAUUUGUAACAGAGUGGAGUUUGAAUCACUGGGAAGAGCAUUCCAGAAACGUAAUGUCAGGCAGCUAUACAAAUUCCAAAACCAGUUUUGAUAUGUUUUUAUAUUCAGUGUCCUGUUGGAAUGCCCAACUUUGUCCAGGUUUCAAACAUCUGUUGUUUUGAGGGGAAGUCCAAGAAUCAAUCAGUCCUGCUUUAUUAUUUCAGCCACUGCUAAAGAAAUGGGCCCUUGACAUGACACUGCCACCACUUUGUUUGACAGUGCUUUCACAACAGACCUUUGGAACAUUUUUUACUGCACCAGAGUCUGGUUUCUGGAGCAGAUUACUCCAGUGUACCCAUCCCGGACUCUGAAACAGACUAGAGACCAGUACCCUGGCACGGUUACAACAGUCACUUGCAGUGUGAAUGCAUACCAUUCCCAGCAUACCAUACAAUAAGACUAAACAGCAGCACAUUUGAUUUCAUUUCAACAUCAAAGGAGCAACAAAAACCCAGAUGAGACAGACUUUCUCCUUUGUGCUUUUUAAACUCUCCGUCAGCUUAAUACUGGAACUGCAUGACAUCUCUGUGUGAAAGCAAAGCGCACCAACUGAAGGUGUGAAUUGUCUCUCUAUUACCGAUCCCUGGACCGGACCAGCAGUGUGAAUGCGCUCUGACAGUCUAACUUUAAGUCAUCCAACAUAUUUCUUGUUAUUGUGGUCAAACAGGUUAGAGAAACUACCAGCUGCAGUAAAUCAUGAACACUAACCAGAAGAUAAUUGGCCUUUCUCAUAACAAGUUAAUAGAUUUCAGAACUUUCAGCACACAUUUUUAAAAACAAAUAUUGUAUUUACAGCUAAAUUAGGUAAUUGUGUUUGACACUUUUUAUAUUUUUAACCACAUUUUUUUGCCUGUAUACAUUUUUUUAAUUUGUAAUUUUCAUCUUAUACAUCUAAUAUACUUUCAGCUGAUUGUUACAUUAUGAACUGAAUAUCACAUUGUUUUGAGUAAAUGUGAUCUAAACUAAGGGGACUAAAUUCAAUGUUGAAUUCACAACUACUGCUCACAACCUAAUAGGACACAGAUUCAUUCCUUGAACUGAGACAGAAAUUAGUAUUUUUGUGCACACAAGUUGUAUUCCUGGACACAGUAAAAGGAUGCUCUCAGCUUCCAGCACAAAUUGACUUGUCUGUGAAGUGGUUGAAAGGGAAUAAGAGGAGCAGAAGGUGAGAUAAAAACAGGAAAAGCAGGUAAUUGUCUCUCUGGGGUUCUACGAUCUAACAAAAAACAGAAAAGAGGGAGGGAAAAAAGAUUCUCCUCUAAGUCCAACAUUCUGAAGGCUUUCAUUUUUAGCAGGAAAAGAGGAAACAGACAAGGGAGGCGCUGACCCAAAGUGGUCUGACUCUUUGGUCCUCAGAGAACAAACGAUCAGAUCUGUUCUUAUCAAAUCCACAUAUUUGCUCCCCCUUUCCCCCUGCCAAACAAGGCCUGUUAAAAUGUAGCCAUCUCUCUUUCUCUUUCUUCAACUAUUAUCUUUUUUAAGUGAUUGAGAGGAACUGAGGAGUCGAAAAGAAAGUAUUGUACAAGACGGUAAAGGUUACCAAAUCCAUCCAUCCAUCCUAAGUGACCCUGUCCUGCUCCAGAUCCUAAGGCACUGUUUCUCAACAGUGGUCCUCAGUGGCCACUGUCUUUCAUGUUUUACAUUUAUCUCUGCUCUUGUACACCUGAUUCAAAUGAUUGCUUUACCUCAUGCAUGCCACCAAGUGCUGCAGAACCCUUUUAAUUAUCUCUGUGCAGCAGGAUGGAAAGACCUAAAACAUGCAAGACCCUGAGGCCUCGAAUCCCUCUCAAAACUCCUGAGACUUAACAGCAUGCAGAGGCUCAGGAACAGUAGCUGUGGACGAAGGCUGACCUCCAGCAAAAACUAGAGCUGGAGCGUCUGUCGUCCUCUCAGUGCAAGCUGGAUCUGGAGGCUUGGCUGCGUGCUGAGGUUCUGGAAGAUUGGUUGCAGGAUCCUUGGGGCUCUGCGCUGCCCUCACAGCAACGAGAAGAGGGGCAAAGAGACCUUCAGUGGAGAUUGGAGCUGGAGCGCCGAGCCAUCCCUCUAAAAUAAACUCUGCUUGCAGAACUGAGUGCACCAAGUCCAAAGCUUGUGGGUUAUCCAUUAAAUAAAGCAAAAACUCAUAGCAACGUGACUUCAUGAGAUCCAUCUUAACAAACUCAGACCUGGCUUGAACCCAUACUGGAACUGGAGGCCGCACCGACGACAGGGGACCUGCAGUGGGCGCUGAGUAGCCGCCCACCAACUCCGGGGAAGACAGCCACGAGGAGGCCAUGUUGGGUGGACCCUCUGUGGAUGAGUAGGAGGCACCCAACCCAAACCCUCCCGGUGGCGACUGACCCCCGGCGACAACGUCGUCCUGGUCAGGAGGAAACUUUGCCGCGGCUGUGGAUGGCUCGGUCAGGGCUGUUGCGAGCGUGAACGGCUCAGCUGGAGCCGCCACGGACCUGGAUGGCUCGGUUGAAGCCGCUGUAGACUUGGAGAGCUCGGCCGGAACCGCUGCAGCUGGAGUGGAGCGCUUGCGGCGAGGGCGACGUCGCUUAGAGGAGGAAUGUGCUGGAGAAGAACGGUUCCGAUCCGGCCUGAAACACGAAGACGCCCAAUCGGUCUCACCGAAGCACUUCUCCAUUUCCUCCAACAACAAUGGCGAGGGAGAAAGUUCCACCUCCUCCCCAUACAAAGCCCGGGUUCAGCCAGAAGGUGGUUCAGGUGGGAGUUGACGGCGUGCGACGAGUCGACUGGCAUGACUAUGAAACAAUAAGGAGAGAUGCUGCUCGCAUAGGCAAUGGUGAACAGGGGAAGCCAUUCCCUCUGACAGAAACUGACCGGGUCGACCAGGCCUACAGGGAAAAUGGCUUCAACAUUUAUGUCAGCAACCGGAUCUCUCUGAACCGCUCCUUGCCUGACAUCCGCCAUGAAAACUGCAAGCAGACGCUGUAUGCAGAGAAACUACCAAAUACCAGCAUCAUCAUCCCAUUUCAUAACGAGGGCUGGUCCUCCCUACUGAGGACGGUUCACAGCGUGAUCAACCGCUCUCCUCCAGAGCUCAUUGCAGAAAUCAUCCUGGUUGACGACUUCAGCGACAAAGAACACCUGAAGGUGGCCCUGGAAGAUUACAUGAUGAAAAUACCCAAGGUACGCAUCCUGAGGACUAGAAAGAGGGAAGGUCUGAUCAGGACUCGGCUGCUGGGAGCCACCGCUGCUAAAGGGGAGGUCAUCACUUUCCUGGACUCUCACUGCGAGGCCAACGUCAACUGGCUGCCUCCUCUGCUGGACCGGAUUUCCCAGAACUGGAAGACCAUUGUGUGUCCCAUGAUCGAUGUCAUCGACCAUGACCACUUUGGGUAUGACACGCAGGCAGGAGACGCCAUGCGGGGGGCCUUUGAUUGGGAGAUGUACUACAAACGGAUCCCCAUCCCUACGGAGAUGAAAAAGAACGACCCUACUGAGCCUUUCGAAUCUCCAGUGAUGGCAGGUGGACUGUUUGCUGUGGACAGGAAGUGGUUCUGGGAACUGGGAGGAUAUGACACAGGGCUAGAAAUCUGGGGAGGAGAACAGUAUGAGAUCUCCUUCAAGGUGUGGAUGUGUGGAGGUCGGAUGGAGGACAUCCCUUGCUCCAGGGUGGGACAUAUCUACAGAAAAUAUGUUCCGUACAAGAUUCCUGGUGGGAUCAGCUUGGCAAAGAAUCUCAAACGCGUAGCAGAGGUGUGGAUGGACGAAUAUGCCGAAUACGUCUACCAGCAUCGGCCCGAAUACCGCCACCUGUCGGCUGGAGAUAUGACAGCACAGAAGGAACUGCGCAGCCGACUGAGCUGCAAAAACUUCAGGUGGUUCAUGAGUGAGGUGGCCUGGGAUCUGCCGAGACAUUACCCACCUAUUGAGCCCCCUGCUGCUGCGUGGGGGGAGAUAAGAAAUGUGGGAAGCGGGAUGUGUAUGGAGAUCAAACACUUUGUCUCUGGGAGCCCCAUCCGCCUAGAGAGCUGUGUGAAGAGUCGAGGGGAAGUCAGCUGGAGCCACGGACAGGUGUUGACGUUUGGUUGGAGGGAAGAUAUCCGGGUGGGCGAACCCAAUCACACGAGGAAGGUCUGCUUCGAUGCCGUCUCACACAACAGCCCCGUUACUUUAUACGACUGCCAUGGUAUGAAGGGGAAUCAGCUUUGGCGAUACAGAAAGGAUAAAAGUCUGUACCACCCAGUCAGUAACAGCUGCAUCGACAGCAGUACCAGCGAGCGUCGAGUCUUCAUGAGCACGUGUGACCCCACCUCUCUGAGCCAGCAGUGGCUAUUUGAGCGAACCAACGCCACCGUGCUGGAGCACUUCAACCGCGGCACCGAGUGAGACCACAGAGAAGCGAGACGAGACAUCUUCCAAGGAAAAGAUUAUGAAACAGUGAUCACCUUUGUUCAAAUAAGACUGGAAGUUCCAAGACAGAAUUUGCUGCUUCCCAAUCAUUUCCUGUGGUACAGCAGAGAUCUAGCGCCCCAGCUGACAGCUGAAUCGUUGUUCAGACCAAACGCCUCGAUACCUAGAAUCCAAUCAUACAGCUCAAGCUUGUGAUGUGGAAGAAGGGUGGGAGGACUGCAGUGAGAUCUGUUUGACCUGCGGGAAACCUGAGAACUUUCAGAGACUUUCAAAGAUGGCAAAUAUUUGCCGAGUGGCAUGUUCCUUUCAUUGACAGAGUGCAUCUGUCUGCACAGACUGGUGGAUUUGAGCGGUGAUUUGCUCUUUUGCAUUCCUGAGUCUUGUAUUUUUCUAUUGCUGGCAUGUUUGUCAUUCAUGGUGCUAAACAGCAUUCUAAAGUAGAAACUGAAAAAUUGAUUCAUUUCUGCAUCAAAUCAAAGUAUCCUUUUUUGUAAAGGAGCAACAUCUUGUUUAUAUCCAUCUUUAUAGUAGAAAUGUAUUCUUUUUUCUAUUAUGUAAUAAAGAAACCAUUUCACAGAAGUUGAAUUCACUACA